AUGUCCUUCGGGCUGACCAACGCGCCCGCGUCGUUUCAAAACCUUAUCAACGACGUCCUCAGCCCCUAUCUCGAUACUUUUGUCAUAGUUUACCUCGACGACAUCUUGAUCUACUCCAGGUCGCAAGCCGAGGACGUACUACACGUCCAAAAAGUUCUCGAAAAACUUCGAGAAGCUCAGCUAUUCGCUAAAGCCACAAAAUGCGAAUCUCACCGCGACAGAGUCGAAUUCCUUGGCUAUAUCGUUACAAAUCACGGUAUCGCCAUGGACGAAUCAAAGGUGUCCUCGAUCAAGAAUUGGCCUCUUCCAAAAAGCGUCAAAGACGUACAAAUUUUCCUCAGUUAUUUUGAACUCAAACACCGACCCGGAACACUUUCGGGAAAGCCCGACGCCUUGUCGCGCCGCACCGAUGAUCAAGACGGCACGAAAGCAAGCGAUGGCGCCCCGGUCAUCCUUCUUGACCCGCAGCGAUUCAAAAUCAGCGCCAAGGUGUCCCGUCCCCACCGAACAGGCGAACGCCGAUCCUUUUCCCGAACUCUCGGAGAUUCUUAUCACUGAGCAGGAAUAGGAUCCAGCGUUACGCCAGACGCCCCAGACUUCUUCCGAACAAGAAAACCUCGACACCCAGGACUCGUACAAUGGUCUCCUUCAUUGGAAAACCAAACCGUACGUGCCCAGGAGCAAUCGUGCACGAUUAGCCGUCCUGCAAGCAACCCAUGACUCAACGUCCGCAGGGCACCCCGGCAUCGAAAAAACCCUAGAACUUCUCAAACGCUCCUUUUGGCUUUUGGAUGCCUAA